GCUGCGAAAAGCCGCGACAAACGGGAACAUACGCAUAGUUGUGGGAGUAGAAAACGCGACUUGCAUCGAAACCUCCCGCUUCUCUCCUCUCAGCCGUACUACGCCAGAGGCUUCUUCUGUAAGUUUUUUCAUGGCUUCGUCUCGCUUACAGAUUCAGGGAGAUGAAUCCGUACUUUUGCGCGUUACGCACUCCAACCUCAAGAGCUUCUCUGCGGAUGUUCGUUUCUCACUACAGAUGAGUGUGGAGUCUGUGAAAGAGAAGCUGUGGAAAAAAUGCGGAACAUCUGUUAGUUCAAUGCGCAUAGAGCUUUACGAUGAUGCUCACUCUAAAAUUGCAGAUUUAGCAGACGAUUCCAGUCCUCUUGGCUACUAUUCUCCACUCGAUGGGUAUCGGUUACAUGUUAUAGAUCUUGACCCCUCAUCAGUGACCUCUGGAGGUUGGUUGGAGGAUACUUCAUUGGUAGAAAAGUACACUAUUUCUGAAGAGGCCUAUGAGAAACGUGGUGGCACUUUCAGGAAAUUCAAAGAAAAAUUGGUGUCGCAAAAUCCAUCAGCUUUUGAGGCUAAGAUAACAGAUAACUACAUGGAAGAUCUCUGUGCAAAUAUCAAAGUUGGUGACAGAUGUGAAGUUGAACCAGGAGGGAAAAGAGGAAUUGUUAAGUAUGUUGGCCGAGCAGAGUCUAUUGCACCUGGUUUCUGGGUUGGAGUUCAAUAUGAUGAACCAUUUGGAAAACAUGAUGGCAUGGUGAAAGGAACACGGUACUUCCAGUGCCCCUCACUUCAUGGUGCAAUGGUCAGGCCUGACAAAGUAAAGGUUGGUGAUUAUCCCGAGCGAGAUCCUUUUGAGGAGGAUGAGAUAUAAGGUCAUGGAUUAUUUGCUACCUACCAUGAGUACACAAUGUAUUUACAACUUGGUUGAAAUUAGUCAUCUUUUGGGGUUUAAAAUUUAAGGUUUUCUUCUGGAUGUAGUCUACUUGUAUUAUUUACUCCAGUGUGAGAUUGAUGUGUGAGUUUUCUUAGUUACAUGUGCAAUUAAUUUAUUCCCUCUACUUUUCAAGGGGAAAGAGGAAAGAAGUGGGAGGCUUUUUUUUUGUCCUCUACAUUGAAGAAAAAAAAUUUGUUACCAAAUCAUCGAAGAGGGGCAAGAAAAUGAGGAGCUGUAGGAGGGAAAGCGAGAAAGGAGGAUUCAUAAUGAGGCUUGAUUGAUAAGCAAGUUCAUAUUGAGCAGCAGUAUCCAUUCAGUCUGUAUUAUCUUCGUCAUACAAUCUGUAAGACCAACAUAUGUAACUACAGAGAGUUUGCAAAAAUCUAGUACACCAAUGGGC